CGACCGGCUGGCGGGCGGGCAGGCGGGCUAGCGAGCGAGGGAGUGAGUGAGAGCGUCGGCGCUCUCCCGGCAAGCCCAUUGUCUGCACCGAGGCGCCGGCGGGAAGCGAGCCAUCCUAUUCUGUCCUCAGAAUUCGGCGCGGAAGCGAAGCAGCACAGCCGGACGAGGAAGCUGCGCCCGGGCGCAAUGCAGGGCGCCGGCCACCGCUUUGCAGCUGCUAAGAAGCUGAGCCACGAACCGGGCCGGGCUCGGAGCAGCUACAGCGACUGAAGCGGGAAGAAGGAAAGCGGCCGGCCCGACUCUGGCGGCACCAAACUUUGCCCUUUGGCCUGUCAGGGAGAAGCCUCCCUCUCCUUUUCUUCUCCCCAUGGAGACGCUGAGCGCCGUCAGGGCGAAAGUCGGCAGCCGAAGCCCCGGAGGCUGUGAGGCGGUAGGAACGGGCGAGUCGCAACCCGUCCCCUCUUCCAGCCCUGCCGGCCGAGACUCUCCUGCCCCGUCGGCGCCGGAUUCCACCGUUUAUAGACUCGAGGAUCUGGAGACCUUGGCCACUGUGGGGACAGGUACUUUUGGACGGGUUCAUCUGGUGAAAGAAAAAUCAGCCAAAAACUACUUUGCCUUGAAAGUAAUGAGUAUUCCAGAUGUCAUCCGACUAAAACAAGAACAGCAUGUGCACAAUGAAAAAUCAGUCUUGAAAGAAGUUAAUCAUCCAUUUCUGAUCAGACUAUUUUGGACUUACCAUGAUGAACGCUUUCUGUAUAUGUUGAUGGAAUAUGUACCUGGUGGCGAACUUUUCAGUUACCUGCGCAACAUGGGACGCUUUAAUAACAGCACUGGACUGUUUUAUUCUGCAGAGAUUAUUUGUGCAAUAGAAUAUCUCCAUUCAAAAGAAAUUGUUUACAGAGACUUAAAGCCUGAAAAUAUUUUAUUAGACAAAGAGGGGCAUAUCAAACUCACAGACUUUGGAUUCGCUAAAAAGCUGGUUGAUAGGACAUGGACGCUGUGUGGAACUCCAGAGUAUCUUGCCCCAGAAGUCAUACAGAGUAAAGGUCAUGGAAGAGCAGUGGACUGGUGGGCCCUUGGCAUUCUCAUAUUUGAGAUGUUGUCUGGGUUUCCUCCAUUCUUUGAUGACAACCCAUUUGGAAUAUAUCAGAAGAUACUUGCUGGCAAAAUAGACUUCCCCAGACAUUUAGAUUUAUAUGUAAAGGACCUUAUUAAAAAGCUUCUUGUGGUUGACAGAACAAGACGGCUGGGAAACAUGAAGAAUGGAGCUGAUGAUGUGAAGAGGCACCGAUGGUUUAGGUCUGUAGACUGGGAUGGUGUACCACAGAGAAAAUUAAGGCCUCCUAUAAUACCGAAAGUAUCAAAUGACGGUGAUACGUCUAAUUUUGAAGCUUAUCCUGAAGAUGACUGGAACAAAACACCUCCUGUACCUCCUAAAGACCUAGAAAUUUUCAAAAACUUCUAAGUGUGAGACAAAGAAUAUAAUUAAGACACUGGAAGAAUAUUCAGAUAGUUUGUGACUGGAAAAGAAGAACUGAAAAUCUGCAGAAGAAUUUUACUGAAAUGAAUAAACAAAAGAAUAUUACUAUGUUAAGCACAGACUUUAAAGAAAUGAGGUUAUAAGUCUGGAAAUGGACAAUAUUUGGGUUUCAUUGUAUGGGUCUGGCAUUACUCAGUAAACUAAAAUACUGAGGUACCUAGGUGAGGUGCAAACACUGAAAUUGUGAUAGCUUUUUUUAAAUUAAAGUUAUUUUAGUUCUGUUUCAUGCAAUGCCCAACUCUUUUUUGCAGUUAUCUCAUAGACUAACUUUGUAAGUUUAUACUAAGAUUAUCAUUUAAAGCACAAAUUAGUAUAUAUGUAUAUAAUGAAUUCAAUACAACUAGAGCACAGAAACUGUGCAAAAUGUAAAAUUUUGUACUUUACAGAGUCUAUGGUUUUUAUUCUUCAAGAUGCCCUCCAGAAGAGAAAAUAAUAAUCCUGAAAUGAUAAAUAGGUUUUUAGCAUCUUCUAUAUAUUUUGUAAUUCUUUAUAAAAAUAAAUAUACACAUAAAUUUUAAGAAAAGUGUAUCACUUCCAGUGCUUAACACCAUACUACUUGAAAGCUGAAUGAUAAAAGGCCUUGUCAUAAGCCUUAUUUUGUCCUUAGAUGGCAUCAUGUUUUCUUUUCAAAGUUGAAGUAAAAGGAUGUGUAUUGCACAUCACAAGUCUUUGUGACUACAGACUAUGUUAAAAUAAGUUUUUCAUUCUUAAUCAUAUGAAAUAAUAGCAAGGUGCACGCGCACACACAUACACUGCAGCACUGACUGCUAAUAAGGGUAAGUUCUCUUGUUUUCUGUUUUCAGAUUUUCAUAGAAUUGUUGUAGUUGCCAGGGGCUCAAAAAUUAUCUCACCCAAGCCUCUACUCUAAGUGCAGGGUCACGCAUAAUAUGUAUCACUGUAACCUCAAGUGAUGGAUUGAUGUUUGAAAGAGUCAUCACGUAUCAAGCAGUGCAGUUAGAAAAUCCAUGUUUAAAUUAGGAUUAAUCAUGCAAUUGGUACCAUCAAAAUAAACCUGAAAGGGUAGAUUUAGCAAUCAUGAAGGGGAAUAUAGUUUUCAUAGAUAACUUAGGUUAAGAUAAAGACUCAUCUAUCCAUAACUGCACUGCUCAAACCAAGUGCCACUCCUGGGAUUUGAUGUUAUUUUAAGGAUGCAAGAUGUUCUGCCUGCAUAUAUUUAAGAAGUUAUUUUAAAAUGUUGACUUCCAGCUGUUAUUUUCUCUAUACUGUGCAACUUGGUGCCCUCCAUAUAUUUUGGACUACUGGUCCCUUUAUAUACGUCUGUUCAGUAAUAUUGGUACCCUUAGGGAAAGAAUGCUAGAAAUUACAAGCUUAACUUGAAUGUUUAAUGAUUAUACAUAAUGUAAAUUCAAAUAUUUACAUUAUUGCCCAGCCAUUCAAAGUGGUGUAUGGCAUUCUCCAAAAACAUUGUUUUAAUAGUCAUUGCCUUCUAGAACUAUUUCACUUAACAAUUUAGCUUUGAAUACAAGAUUUGGCUGUAUCUCUUCCAUUUAAAAUUUGCAGCCGUAUAUUUUCUUUUUUAAAUUUUCAGCUAUUUUAGUGCAUCUGACAGUAAAGCUGGCCCAGUUCCUUAACUGACAAUGGGAUUUCCAUGGGUAUUCUUCUCUCAAUAGCAUUGUGUCACUCAUGAGUCAUUCCAUGAGAAUAUUUGAUUUAUUUGAUUCUUCAGUGGGUGGGUCACAUUCAUGCAAAUAAGCAUUUGGGCAGUUAUUAAACACACUGUACUACAUCUCACAACAAAAGUAUCUUGUACAUUAGUUACAAUUAUAUAAUACAAGUUGCACAGAAGGUCAUCCUUUUAUUGAGGUUUGAUAGAAUGAAGCGCCAAGUAAACCUUUUCAACAUAGGGGAAGUGCAUAAAAUCAUCUAUUAUAUUUUGUUCUCUUUUUUUAAAACAAGGAAAGAGGGGAAAAGGGAAACACAUGCAGGUAUGAAAAAGUUAAUGCCACAGCUCCAUAUGAAUAUUUUUUUAAAAAAUAACACAGACACCUUUCAGUUUACUUCUGUUGCUACUGAUAUUUAUUUCCCCUGGCCAUUUUAAUAUAUCUUAUUUUCAAAUAAUUUCAAACAGAAUUCACUUGUUUACAUUAGCUAAAAGCUUUUGUGAUAGAUUGGGGAUGAAAGCAAAAUAGCUCAAUUUAAGGAUCUUUCUAAAUUUAUCCUGAAGAACUAAAUUAUUUUGCAACAAAAAAAAUGACACAGUACAGUUUUAAAAGGGGACAUGUCACAGAUCAGUGGUUCUCGUCCUUGGGUAGCCCAGAUGUUCUUGGACUGCAACUCCCAGAAACCCUGUCCAGCACAGCAGGUGGUGAAGUUUCCUGGGAACUGUGGUCUAAGAACAUCUGGGUUGCUCAAAAUUGGGGAGCCACUGUCAUAUAUUAUCCAAUGAUUUUGUUUAAUAGAGUGACAACAGCUUGUGCUGUUGAAGAUUGAUCCAAGUGAUCUACUUUAAAAGAGCAAUUUUAAUAUUUCCAGAAGUAGGUGUGGAACUGCAUUUAAUUGGAUGAUUCCCCCUACAAAAAUAAAUAGGAAGUGGAAUAUAGCAGGCUGGUUAUCUUACUGUGGAAGAAAGCUAAGGCUCUGUGGUUUCUAUUUCACACAUUGUUUAGCUUUCAAGAACUCUAGCAUGAUUCUUUUGUACUGUGUACAGAUUUCCUAUGUUUUGCACUUUUCUAUGGCAAACAUGACAGCUUUAUAAAUAAUUCUGUUGUACAGUAAAUAAGGAAUGGUUAAGCUGUAUAAAGAACCAAAUGGGGCAGAAAACGACUUCCAAGGGUGACUUGGACUGAUGUCAAUGAAGGUGCUUGCUAGUAACUCAUGUAUAGGUACUGUACAGAUGUGUCAGUCAGUCCUCUUUGCACAAGGAAAAUCACUGUGAUCUGUAAAUAAAAUGUAGUCCAAAAAUG